UGGAUAUCUAGUAAACUGUCAAGGUGGAAGUAGGAUGGACUGCUGAACGUGAAAAAAGAAUAAGACUUCUCCUGUCUUUAAUUUCAGGUCUGGUCUGAGUUUUGAAUCACCAAGACUUUUCAUUCACAUUAAAAAAUUUCCAGCUUGGAGCUAAAGUCAUGUCUGUCCGUGGCUCAUCUCCACAGACUGCACAUGUCCUCAUUACUAUAAUGGUGUUCAUUGCGAUGGCAACCCAAAGCCAGGGAGCGACAAAAGAAAACUAUUACAACCUGACGGACUACCUUUUUAAAGGCUACAAGAAAGAAGUGCGACCAGUUUACUUCGAUUUCAACUCAACGUUUGUUUUUAUAGCGUUUUCUCUCUUUUCUAUCGUCGACAUGAACGAACAGGACCAGACAAUAAAGACAAACGCUUUGCUGACGAUUGAAUGGCUGGACCAAUAUUUAUCAUGGAAUACAGGCGACUUCGGCGAUAUUGAGAGCAUCCUUGUCAAGCAGAACAUGCUCUGGCUGCCAGACAUCGUGGUGGACAACACGGUGACCCCGCAGACAGAGCUGGGCUACAAGAAUCUUCAGGUACGGAUUCUAAACUUUGGUGUAAUGGACUGGCAGCCAACAGGAGUCUUUGAAACAUCCUGUGAUAUAGAUGUCACAUACUAUCCAUUUGACACGCAGGUGUGCUCCAUUGUGUUCACCACAGCUAUGUCCACCUCAGACGAGCUGUCUAUCUUUAUCGACAAGAGUAAUCCAGUCUUACUGGACAACUUCUCACCGGACGGGAUCUGGGAUGUAGUCAACACGUCAGCAGAAAACAAGGAGGCUGAGAACAAAAAAGCCAGCAUAGUGUUUAGUCUACAGCUGAAGCGUCGACCCACGUUCUACGUCCUCAACAUCAUUCUUCCGGUCGUAUUCCUGGCGAUGACAUCAUCGUUGGUCUUCGCACUUCCGGCGGAGUCCGGCGAGAAGAUGAGUCUGUCCAUCACCGUGCUGCUGGCCUUUCGCUGUCUACCUGUCCCUCGUCACGACGCCAUGCCCAAGACCUCGGUACAGGUGUCUUUGUUGAUGGUGUACGUGAUACUGUUGAUGGCGUUGACGGCCUUCAGUGUUGUGCUGUCAAUAUUCGUCUUGAAGCUCCACCACAGACCCUCCGACAAGCCUUUUGGGAGGAAAGCCAUCAAAAUUAUCAUUUUUCUUCAAAAACUGAUGUGUAGUCAAGACACCGUGAGACCAAACUCUGAGGACAAGAAGUCUUCUCAAGAUGAUGAUGUUAUCUCCAUCAUCGGUGAAUACGUGAAGCAAAAGAACAAAGCCAACGCUGUGGUCCCGUACGACACCAGCCAAAAAGCAGACGACAGUCGCUGCGGGUCCGCCAGCAGUUGUCGCAGGUCCUCGGAGGUCAGUGGGGUCAACUGUCGUCAGGCGGCGGAGACGCUGAGUAUGUUUUUGUUCUACAUGUUUGUCCUCUUCGUCGUCGUCAGCACGAUCGUCUGCAUGGUCAUUCUGGUUGCUGGUGGAGCGAGGCAGGAGGAGAACACCCGCUUUACCUGAGGAUGUCAUGGCGCGUUACCUGACUCUCGAAUCCGUUGUACACCUGAAACUCUGUUUCAGAGAAGAUGCUCUAGAGUUUGCUUUUAUACAAAAAUUGUUUAUUUGAACAGCUGAGCACCUAGCAGAUGACAUUUGACUUUUCACCUGUGUACUAAGUUUUGGUUUACUGUUUGGAGAAAACUUUAUGUUGAAUAGAUAUCAUGCCCAUUCACUUUUCUCACCUUCGCCUGGACAAACAAUUACACGUGCGGGACAGGAUACAUGAUAUCGGUUACAGCAGAGACAAAUAUUCGAUAAUUAAUCCGACAGUGGAGGAAAUUUUGUACUAAAAAAAACAUUGAGUCGACCUUAAGAACAUUAUUUUGUUUCAUGUUUAUUUGUUGGUUAAUUUAUUCAAUCACUUUCUCACAUUAUCAUCAUCUUCUAGUGGUACAAGGGAGCGCACUUUGGACAGGGUGAUGGCUGGUAAUGAAUGUCGAUACCCUCUCCUUUUCAAGGGUUGUUUGUAAAAAAAAGUACUUGUGAAUUAAUGAUUUUGUUUUUAAUUUACAGACAAAUACAUGACCUGUUUCUCCCCAUUUCUUGUAUUAUUCCAUUGUCGAGAAAAUAAAAAUGAAAU